AUGGAGGAGCGGUGGGCUCCUACAGUCGAAAGACCCCCAGUGCUAGCGAUGGAAGAAUCGGGGGAGAAGAAGUGGUGGCGGGAAAUGAACGAGAGUGAGGGUGGUAACGAAGGGAUUGCGGCGAUUGCGGCCAGGUUGAGGACGAGGACGAGGGCGAGAACCGAGGCAGGGAAGAGCAAAGGCGACAAGGGGAGGCGUAACAGAAAAAUGAGCCAGCCCAAUGAUUCUGAAGGUCUGAAAGGAAGAUGA